AGUUGGUUGCCGUACGACAGGAAGUACAACGUUUUUGUUUCGGGAAGUGGUACUUAAUCCGGAAUCGCUCGGAUUAUUUUGGAUGUAUGACUGUCUGUCACAAUGUCAGUGCACUGCAGGGAAAAACUGCUUCUUUUAUACCGACGGUACCAAAGCUAUGUUACGAAGAACCCAGCCGCCACAGCGCAGCUCGAAGGCACUGUCAGGACACUGUCUUACCUCAUCGCCGGGCGGUUCGCUGAUUCCCAUGAACUCUCAGAACUAGUGUAUUCAGCCUCCAACCUGCUAGUGCUGUUGAACGAUGGAAUAUUGCGGAAAGGACUGUGUAGAAGCCUGCCUAUGUCUCUAUCCCAGCAGAAGCUCCUGAUGUGGCUCACUGUGCUGGAAUAUGUGGAGGUCUUCACUGAGAUGGGGGCUGCGAAGCUCUAUGGAGAACGGUGCCGCUGGGUAGUCAUCAUCCUCAUUCAGCUUGCAAAGGCAGUCCUGCGGAUCCUUCUGCUAUUUUGGUACAAAGCUGGAAUCCAGACAUCUCCUCCCAUCAGUCCUCUUGACAGAGAGACGCAGCUCGGCUGCAAAGAAAAUGAAGAUAAAGAUGAAGUCCCGUCUGAGGAGCCAGCUUUCGUUGGGCAGCGCUGUGGAAGGGUCAUGAGGUCGCUCAGCAGCAUCCCAUCUUUCCAGUCCAGACACUGGGGUGCACCUCAGCAUGACAACCCACCCAGGAGGCCAGAGGAAGAACUUCUCCAGCCCCCUACCCACCUUGGACUACAAGAGACCAUUGCAGAGUCUCUGUUUAUUGCACGCCCUCUUGUCCACUUGCUUGGUCUUGGUGUUUGUGGAAGUAGAUCCUGGAAGCCGUGGAUCAUUUCUGGGAUUCUGGACAUUACCAAUUUGAGUUUAAUGAGAGACACAAAGAGACUGAGCCGACGAGAGCGGGCAGAGAUGAGACGCAGAGCAUUCCUCCUCCUCUACUACCUGCUGAGAUCUCCCUUCUACGACAGAUACUCUCAGACAAGAAUCAUGUUUUUGCUGCGUUUAUUGGCUGACUAUGUGCCAGGAGUUGGGCUAGUAGCACGUCCUCUGCUGGAUUACUUACCUGUGUGGCAGAAAGUUUACUUUUACAACUGGGGGUGAAUGGAAAACUGCAGGAAUUGUGAUCCAUUACAAAACAGCUGUGGAAGCAGAAGGAGGAAUGGGAGACUCAUUGAAACAUAGCAGUGCCAGUUUCUAAAAGAUUGUCACAAGUUCUGACGUGAAGUGCCAGUUUUUUAAAUGAAUAUAAUUUAGGCUCUGAGAACUAUUUGUUAAUUUUUCUAAUUUUAAGAAAUCAUCAUUUAUUUAUUUUUUUGUGGUAGUGGUGGGCCCUUUAAUUUUUUUGGGGUACUCCAUCCUCAUUAUGAGCGGGUAUCAUUCAGAAAUACAUGUUAAUAAUCCAUGUCCUAUUCCAAUGCAGUGUGUUUCAGAAGUUGCACAUGUAUUAUUUUGCGAGGUUGUUGGAUGAGGUUUCUUAUUGUUUUUAUUAAGAUGGAUAAGGUACCCUUUGCUUGAAGGCUAACAGAAAAACAACACAGAUUGUUUUGUAUGCCACCGUUUAGGAACAAAUGAACCGUAGUGAAAUUAUUGGAGAUGACUCUUCUAAGAACUGCUUUAUCUCAUAACAGGAGGACAUUUAAAAAUCAUGAGACAUCUAGUGUGUGGUUAUAGGGGUCACUAGAUUAAUAAAAACCAGCAAGGAAAUUGUUGAAAUUGGAUGGUUUUUCACUAUGUGAAAACUGUAUAAUUACCUUUGUUAAUAAGAACUCCUGAAUCCAAAAAAGGAAUGUAUUCUUUAAAUGUACAUGCAUGCUGAGAGUGUCUUGGGAGUAUAAAAAUCACAUGUAAUUCUCUGUAUGUAAAUUAUUUGAUAUAUCCUGUAAAUUUAUUUGACAAGGAAGCUAAUGUGCUUUCAAGAAAAAAGGAAGGAAAAAAAAAAGUUUGCCUUUGAAGUUGUGUUAGGUGUGUCUGUACGAGAUUGGGGGUUGAGAAACUGUUGAAUGUGUUAGAGUGGGUGAUGUUCAGAUCUACACAGUGCCACCUACAGUAGAUUUUAAUAUUCAAGGUUUUAUUCAUUCAUAGCCAUGCUAUUGUCAUUGACCUUUAACACUUGAAUGCUUGUUUAAUUAUUUUACUAACUUUGAUUAGUGUUGAUUGCAAUUAUUCAAAUAUUGUGUUACUUUGACCUUUUGAUAUUUCUGUGUUGAGGUGCAUUGAUGUGAGUUCAAGAGUUUAUCAUCUGUUCUAGUUGCCUGCCUUUGUCACAUUAUCCAUAGCUGUGCACUAGAGACGUACUAUCCUGCAUCGAACAGUAAAUACUGUAUAUGUUUUUGGUGACUCUGAAUAACCUUUAAUCUCCAAUAUUGCGUAAAAUGUUCCAAUCCGCAUUUUGUAAAAAUUUCAGCAAUAAGCAAAUGUAGUAGUAGAUAUUAUUUUUGAAUCAUCUUGUGCCUUUUAGAAUUGCAGUGAAUUGUUCUUUUCAACCUUCUUCCAUUUCGGUUUGCACUUUACACUGCCUCACAGUCCCUUCUACUUAUUGUUUUUUGACAGAGCUUUGAAACCGGGAGCUCUCCCUGUAAACAGCUCCACCUAGUGCAUAUUCAAAUCAGAACUUGUUGAUAAUCACUUUCUCUAGACAGGACCAACAUCUUAUGGGACAGAUACACACAACAACCUCAGUUGUUUAAUGUCGUUCUAUUUCUGCUCUUGACACCAAAAAACAAAA